GUUCUCAUGACGCGUGUGCCCGCGACAAGCACACCCAUUGACCGCGCCAAGGUGCUCCUCGACAAGAUCAGCGAGGUCUACCCCGGGCGCAGCGUGCAUCUCAUCGGUAAGCACCCCCGCGCUUCUCCGCAUUGGCGUGCUCAUGCGGACCGCAGGCAACGUGCUCUAGGACACAGUAUGGGCGGACUGGACUGCCGCUGGCUGACCACACACCUGACGGACCGCCCGUUCCGCGUGUUGUCCGUGACGACGAUUUCAACGCCGCAUCGCGGCUCGUCGUUCGCGGACCACUUUCUGUCGACGGUCGGGCCUGCACGCAUGCCGUCUGUGCUGUCGUUGCUUGACCUGCUGCCGAACGGCGGCGGGGACGGGAAGGCAUUCGAGUUCCUGACGGUCGAGAACAUGCGCCGGUUUAACGAGCAGACACCGGACGUCGAGGGCGUGCGGUACUUCAGCUGGGGCGCGGUGUAUGACCCGGGACUGAUAGAUACGUGGAAGUGGCCGCACUCGGUGGUCAUGGAAAAGGAAGGGCCCAACGACGGACUCGUCUCGCUCAAGUCUGCGAAAUGGGGCACAUACCUGGGGACGCUGGAGGGCGUGAACCACCUCGAGCUCAUUGGGUGGGUGAACACCGCGCGGUACAAGUGGGCGGAGAUCAUGGGCCGCGAGGUCAAGUUCAAGCCUGUGACGUUCUACCUGGGCAUCGCGGACCACCUGGCGCGUGUCGUGGAGGGGCAGGAGCACGCUCCCGGCGACGCCGCAGGGAGCAGCGGGGAGCGCGCGGAGACGAGGCGGGAGGGCGAGCGCGCGGCGAUGGCGGACAGCCUGGACAAGGGGGGGUCGUUCAUGAGCAAACGUGGGGAGUCGGAGGAACGUGGGCGGAGACACUAG